AUAGCAGGGAAGCGGCCCCCGCGGCUCCUAUAGUUGCAGGGUAGCCUGGUCCUCCCCCUACGCCGACCAUGGCGUCGGCCGAGCUGGCUCAGAAGCUGCAGCGUCGCUUGCUGCGGGACGGGAGUACCUCGGAGCCUCCUCCCGAGGAAAGGGAAGACGCUCUCGCCCCCGGAGGUGCUGAGCCUGCGGGAUCCGAGUCGAGCUUCGAAGACCCGGACGAGGACCGCAGCGUGCUGAGCGCCGACGCCGACCCGGAGCUGAGCGCCAAACUGAACCGCAGGCAGGACAUCAAUGCGGGCGCGGCGCGGCCCCGCCUCGCCCAGAUCUUCAAUCCCUACACGGAGUUUAAAGAGUUCACUCGCCGGCAGAUCAAGGAUAUGGAGCGCCUGUUCCGAUUGUAUGACUCUGGGAAGGAUGGUUACAUUGACCUAAUGGAAUUGAAGCUGAUGAUGGAGAAACUUGGUGCACCUCAGACUCACCUGGGCCUAAAGAAUAUGAUCAAGGAAGUGGAUGAAGACUUUGAUAACAAACUCUGUUUCCGUGAGUUCCUGCUGAUUUUCCACAAAGCUGCAGCUGGGGAGCUUGAAGAGGACAGUGGCUUGAUGGCACUGGCAAAACUCUCCGAAAUAGAUGUUGCCCUUGAAGGGGUAAAAGGAGCCAAGAACUUCUUUGAAGCAAAGGUUCAAGCUUUGUCUUCAGCUAGCAAGUUUGAAGCAGAAAUAAAAGCAGAGCAAGAUGAGCGAAAGCGUGAGGAAGAGGAGAGAAGGCACCGCCGAGCUGCCUUCCGAGAGCUCAAGUCCGCCUUCAGUCAAUAACCAAGGCAGCUGAUCGGUCACCUGAGACUGGUGUACAUUCUUACAAGUGUUGCCUUUGACUAGACGCCCAGCUGAAGAGGAAACAAACCUGAUUUGACGCUCCCUUUUUCUUUUCUUUUUUUGAGCCUCCUCCUAAGAUACACGGCGGCACUCAGAAUGUUGCAAAUCCUGAGUGGUUCAAGGAACCCCUUCACUUUAUUGGCCACGGGUUAGAAGGAUUAAAAUAUCCUAAUGCUAAAAAACCAGGCUGGAGCCCCUAAUAAGUAACAAGGAUGCUGACCAAUAACAUCUGGGUCAGAAAAUAUUCUGUGUCAUUUCCAUUAGGAUUCCUUUCUGUAUGCCUUUGGGCUCCUCCUUAAUUUCACAAAACUAGUCCUUGCUACCAGAUAAGCAGGAGGAUUCUUCUUAGGUACCAAUCAUGGUACUUCCAUGUACAAACAAAUUUCCCAGUCCGAAUUUCCCUCCUUGUGCUCAGUUCCCUAGAAAACAGGCUUUUGGGACAGGACUAGUCAUACAGAUGGUGGUGGUAGUCAGUGCAUAGAUAUUGGCUGCAAUCCAAAUUGCUUUCCCAAUUUGUGCCAAUUCCUCCAUCCCACUGCUGCUCCCAUUGUCCCCUGAUCCUCAAGAGCAGGUUUUUGGCAGGGGGAAGGGCAUCAGGGGCAGCACCUGGAAAGAGGAGGCAAGAAAGCCCUGUUGCACAGGCAGAACACCACCUGCUGUUUUCUGAAUCCAAGCCACUAUUUUGACUCUUUCAUUCACAUUCUCUUUCAGCAUACAACAGUCACCAUUCUGUUUUUCCCAUUCAACAUAUACAAAUCACUGUACUUUAAGCAAGAAACAGUACUAAAAAUAGGUUUCCUGACUCUACCUCUCUAAUUACAUUCCUUUGCAUCUUCUGCAUGGGGUCCACAGCUUUUUCCCCUCUUUCCUUUUCCUUUUUUAGCCAUUGGCUUUUAAGCAGGAAGGAAACGUCUAUCAAUAAGGUGUUUAAGGAAGUGGAUAAUAUAAUUUAGGGGCACAUUAGCUUUCCACCCAAGAAAUCUUUAUUCCUCUUGUGAACAUGGGUGGAAAUGCAACUACUUCUGUAGAGUUAUCACUAACAUUAAACUGUCAAUUUUAGCAGUUUCUGCUUGCAAGGGAAAAUACAGAAAAUAUCCCAGAUACAGAAAGUGGUAUGAUAUACUGCUCAACAAGCAUGUACUAUAUUCAGAAUUUACACGUGUGUGUGUAUAUAUAUAUGUCUGCUUACAUAGAAAAGGAGAAUGCCCUUUUCCUUGCCAAGCUUUUCUCCAGGUCACAAACUGGAUAUCUCAUCUUUAUUUUCACUUGCCUUUUUUUUUUUAGCUUUUUACACUGUGAUACUAAACUGUGAGUGUGGAAUAAUAAAAGGGAGCCCAUCUAAUAUUUAAUAUUGGGCAGGAGAAUUGCUAAACAAUUAAAGCUGUAUUUGCAAGUCCACAAAUUAUAUUUGAUAAAAAUCACAUGUUUUAGCUAAAAAAUAUUUAUAAUAAAUGUUUU